CACCCCGUCCUCAUCAAAUCAACGCAAAUGAUAAUGACAUUAUUGAUUGGACAGUUACCACGCAUUAUAGAAAUGUUGACGGAUGCAGAGGACGAGAAGUCUUAGUUGUUUGCCCUACCUACGAUGAAAAUGGUAAAAAACUUAAGCCUGAAGAUGCAACAUUCCCUGCACCAACCUUUAUAUUGAACAAAGGCAACGUGUUCGAGUUUUAA